AUGUGGCAGCCACGAGGCCGGUCCACGCUGGCGCUGAGUCAGCAGGCACCGACGCCGUUCGGCCCCCGUUACUGGGCGCUGGGCCCGUCUUCUUCUUCCUCCUCUUGCCGCGCUGCUCCUUCUUCGCUGCUCGCCCCCCCGCCGCCUCCAGCUCCCCUCCCCCCGUCCCUGCGCCAAGGUGGCCACGUCCGACAUAAGUCAGGGAGGAGGCAGGAACGCGGCUGUAGCUCAACGCGCGUGCAUGCUGUGGCGUAUCCAACCGGCAAAGAAUCUGGACUUCCUUUGAUUGAAUGCCCCGACUGCGGCCUAGCCCGUGUGAUCGAGCUUCGCGCGAAGAAAGAUACAGUCAACAACGGGCGAACCUUCUUCAAGUGUCCGAGGAAUGGGAAUCCGAAGUAUUGUGACUUCUACCGAUUUCAGAAGGAUUACUUGGAUGAGCUGAUUCUCAAGAAGAUUGUCAUUAUCAAGUGUGAGCAGAUCGAAGAAGUGGAAGAAGGAUCGCACGGCAGCAUGAACGAUGAGGAAGAGAACCGCAGUAGGCUAGAGAAGUUAGAGAAUCUGACAUGGAAAAUGAAUUGUGUGUUUGUUGUUUUCGGCAUUGUUGUGUUAGCAAUGGUUGUGAGAUCAGUUGUAAUGGCUUGAGUUGAGCAUUGUGUUUGUUGGAGCCUGAUGUAUGAACCAUUAUCUGAUGUAUGAAUCUUUUGCAAUGCACCAGAUGUAUGAAUCUCUUGCAAUGAACCUGAUGUAUGAACCAUUUGCAAUGAAACAUAUUCUGGCAACUUGAGUCCAUAACAUCCCUAACAUUAGAUAGCAAUUGUUGGCAUACAUAUUGUUUUGUGGCAUUACAGACCAUCAUCUAGCAUCUCCAACAAAGUGGGUUUGUGCCUA